UGUUGCACAGAAAUUAGAUGAGCCCCACCACUUUAUAAUUUUUAUAUACCAAUAAAGUCACUUAGGCACAUCAUGGGAUGUUAUAUUUGGCAUCCCAAAAAAAAAAUUAAAAAAUAAAAGCACAAAAGAAUCUUCCUCUUAAACCCUACAAGGACAUUAUUGUCAAUUAUCCAAAUUAAUCACAAUUGGCUAGAACAAUUCAUUCUCAUCCAGCUUUUCCUAUAAAUUCAAACUCACCAACCUUUGAGUUCAUAUCACCAAAAAAUAAACACAACAUAAACCCCAUAACCACCCCCCUCCUCUCCCCCACAAAAAUAAUAAUCAUAAUAUAUAUAUAUAUUUUUAUAUAAUAAGAUAUAAGUAGCCAUGAGAGACUUAAAGGUACUGGGAGGUAGUGAAGAAACGACACCAUCACCAUCAGCAGUAGUGAUCAAAACGACAACAAAUGUAUGGAAAUCUCCAAUACCAUACCUGUUUGGAAGCCUAGCUGUGAUGCUGUUGCUCAUCAGUGUGGCCUUACUCCUCCUCAUCUUCUCCUACCGCAAACGCUAUUCUUCUUCUUCUUCUUCUGGGGAAGCUCGUACGGGUGAAAAUCACAACAAUCCAACCAAGACCGUCGAUGAUGGCCCCAAGAUUGUUGUCAUAAUGGCCGGAGACGACGCCCCCACCUACUUGGCCACUCCAAUAACACUCGCAGAUCUUCCACCCUGCACCUGCUCCACUGCUACUACAGCCGAUCAUGGUGUCGACGACGAUGAUGAUGACGCUCAUCAUGGCAAGCAAGGUCAUGAUCUUGACCAAGCCCAUGUUUGAUUAAUCUUGGGUUAGUGAUGUUAGACGAAACGUCGUCGUGAUCUUCAAAAUUUUGUUCCUGUUAGUAAAUGAGACAGUUUUGUUAUGUCUAUUCACUUUCUGGUUUUUGGUUCUUAUUCUUGCUACUUUUGUUUCAGAAAGCAAGAAUAUAAUGUAAAAUACAUAAUGAGUUGUACCUCUGUUAUAAUGUUCCGAGGAAUCGAGAUCAUCAUUUAAAUGCUAUAAAAAUCUUCUAUGUA